AUGCCCACUCACGGUCGCAUUCGGGAUCCGUGUCAGGCCCAACUCCACAGACCAUCCCGGAACAUCCGGCAUCUCCGACUCCACCGCCUCAACUACCCCAGACCUCACUCUGCCGGACCUCCAGGAGACAGUGAUUCGGAGCCGGUGUCCCCCGUCUCGGACGCGCACUCCAUAUCGACUACGCCCCGGUUCCAGACCAAGGACACGCCCGGCGACGAUUUCUCCGUGGGAGGAGACCUCCAGGUUCCUCGACCCAUCAGCAAGACUCAGCCGUCAUGGGACCCUUUCACGGGCACGCCCUUGGUGGAGGAGGAAGAUUUUGAGAUGGGACAGUCCACGGAUCCGAGCCCUCCUGCGCCUCAUGUAGGUCAAGGCCAAGCUCAAGGUCAAGCUCCUCCUCCUCAAGCCACACAAACCGUCAUCGCUGUAAGACCGCGGGCAAAUACGGUCGAUGACCCGUACGACGACUGGGUCGUUGUGUCGCCGCAGUCGCCUCCCUCUGGUCAGAUUCAUGUGGUGUCACCUCAGUCACCGCCACAGGCGCCGCGGUCAUUCGAGCCUACCGAGUCGAGCAGAGAGGUUGACGAGGACGAUCACGAUGCGACUCACGGUUCCAGUUCGACUGGUCUCUUUAUUGUACAGCCGUCCCAGCAUUUGCAGCCGGUUCAGCAGCAGGCUGUCCAGCAGCAGCAACAACAGACCAUAAACCAUCUUCCAUCACAACAGACUUCUCCUCAGCGCCAAUCAUCCUUUGUUGGCCUCCCGCCCAUCAGGCGAAGUUCUACAUUCGGUAUUAAUCUGACCAAGAGGGCGAAGAAACGCUUUCCCUUGGAUGAAGACGAUGAUAACAACUUCGUUUCCUCUCCGGUCGCCACGACAACUGAUCAGUAUGGCAACGAUGGUGGCUCUUCAUCCCGCUAUCAGCAGGGGGAAUCUAGCUGGUCUGCACAGCAGUCUGCGCAACCCAUUCGGAUCGACACUGGGCCACCGCGCUUCCGCAAAGACAGCAACAUGUCACACAACGUUCUCUCAGCAACUUCAACUCAAGCGGCUACGCUGGCGACCGAGAGCAGUGGGAUGACUGGGCAGGACCUGAGAAUCGACGAUGAGAAGAGACCUCUUGGACCGGGGGUGGCAAUGAAGGGUGCCGCCCGUGUACCAGGACCCAUUGACACAAGAGCAGCGAUGCAACAGAAUGACGGUCGAACGAGCGGUCCGCCCUAUGGUCCAGGUUUGCCUCCUCAUCAGGGUAUCAUGUCUCCAACUUUUGGAGGCAACCCGAUCCAUCACCUUCCUCCUCAAGGCCCUUGGAAGCUUGAAGAGUCGCAUUUGUCUGAGCCGCUGGCAACCAGCAGAAAUCGUCAGUCUGGCGGGUCUCUGUCACCUCACCAGCAAACCUCCUUUGGAAUCGACAAAGAGACUGGCGUCCCUUCAACGGCAGCGCAACGACCCGAAACGCAGUUGCCGCCCAGGCAGAAGUUUUCUGAAGUGCCUCCGUCAUCAGCGCAGCGUUAUCCUGGCCUUUUCACUCCUCAAGCAGGAUAUCAAAACCCUAGCUCUCCCACAGGGCCACGAGGCUCCGAGGAUUUAGGCCAGCAUUUCUACAGCCGCGAUUCCGCGUCGCUGUACAGGACGCAGACGGGUGACUCGGAAGUUAGCGGCGUCGAUCCCUCGAUAGACGAGGAGCGUGGCCGCAGGCGAAGCUCUGGCUUCUUGAAAGAGAUUGGAGGUCGCAUCUCGCGUCACACCUCGCGGGAACGGCCAGCGUCCAAGGCUGGAAGCGGAGCGCCGAGCUAUAUGGCUGGUCCAGACGUGCGAGGGGAUGCCGUGUCCGAAGCGAGUGUUGCCAUUGGAGAGCUGCAAGACCGCCAGAGACGACGUUCGAGCUUCUUUCUCAACUUGCGAGGAUCCAAACCUUCCGAUGCGGGCGAAGAGAUUACGCCGUCGCCAAAGGCGAGCCCGAACCCCGGCGGCCCGUCUCAGGCCCAGCCACCCUCGGGAGGGCCGACGGAGAGAAAACGUUCCUUCUUCGGUCCGGGUGCCGAUCAAUCUGCCAAUUUCCCCAUGCCCAACCUGUCUCGUUCGUCAACAUCGACUGCUGGAUACGAAGUAGCAGGCGGAGCCAUGGGCCCUCCCAAGAAGCGCUUCUCUGGCUUCACGAGCAAGGUGUUCCCUCGUACCUCGAGUCAGCAGGAUUUACAGGUACCACAGAAACCUAGCACAUCUCAUUCUACCGUGACUUCAACCAUGUUCGGCCGCCCGCCAAGCACAAAGUCCAGUCAGAUGUUGCAUAUGGAGCCAAACCCUCCUUCGCAAUCCUUUGAUGCUCCGGCGCCCCCAUCGCAGAGAGAACAACCCUCACCGGGCCGCCGCCGUCUCACUGAGCAGAGGCAGCCUUCUCUAUCAUUCCUACAGGCAGAGGAGCAACUCUCGCGCCCUGAGCAGUCAGAAGACCAGACCGAAGAGCACUGGGUUCCCCCCGGAUUCUCGGCCGAACCAACACCAGAGCCAUCAAUCAGACAUAGCUACGGACGUGAGAACUCGCCGGGCCCGCAGACACCGCCUCUGGGCCAGGGGCAAGGUGGUGCCAACCACCACCAGGCUCUCGGCGUCCAGAAGUCUGGCCAUGCUAGACGGAUCUCGGAGCAAUCUGCGUCGCUGCUGUCCCCUUCCUCCAACUUCAGGGCACACUCUCCUAAUGGGGUAGUCGGCCAUUCUGAUACCUCGCAACGAUCGUCCAUAUCGAAUUCUCCCAAGCCGGCGGCUGUUGCUCAGAUGCCGGCGACGAGGGCAGCUGUGGCCUCUGACGGUCGAGGGCCUCCGCCGGAUGCGCUUCCGGGGCGUCCACAGCUUGUGCGUUCAAGCGAUCAUCCAAGCAACCAGAACCCCGACCACAACAACAGAUGCCACAUCCAAGCCAGGCUCAAAACAUGCAGCCGCAGCCGCAGCAACCUUACAAAAACCAAGGCCAGCAAAGGGUGCCACCAGCUGUUCCGUUAUCGCAGAGGAGCCAUCUGCCGCAACAAGGACCCCAUCACAUGUACCAAGAACAGCGCCCAUCCAUGGGUUCCUUUGACCAAGGGCGUCCCUCUCAACACGACUGGAAGCGCCCCCCAUAACCAACCCUACGUUGAACCCCAGUACGAUCAAGUCCCUAUUCCACAAGGAUAUGCUGCCGUUCACGGUGAAGGAGGCGUAGCGCCAUCCCCGUACGCUCUCUCACGUACAUCGCCACCGGUUCAGUAUCCGGCCUACCAUUCACCGCAGGUGCCACAUUGGGGCCAGCCUCCCGUUGCUCAGAGACACCCGUCCGAGAUAUCAAUGUACAGCCACCCAAGUCCUCCUGUACCGCCAGGACAGCAACUGCUUCAGGGCCAUCCUCAGGGAGCUGCAUGGCCCGAGGGUGACCGCCGCGUGAGCAUGGCGUCUCACCAGUCCAACAUCUCGCAUGCCAGCCACAGCACGCAGGCGGUACCCGGUCCGCAUAGUGAUGUGCCAAUCUCCGGUCAGCAACAUCAACAACAUCAACCACAGCAAGACCAGAGAGGAAUCCGGGUAGUGAACCACGACGACGGCCAUAUUGUGGCUUCAAGCCCGCAGUUUACGCAGCAGCCUCAACAGCAACGAUACUCUCUUGUCGAUGCGGGGGCUCCAGCUGCAGCAUCUCCCCAGAUACAGCAAAGCCAAAGUAGAGAGGUUCAUGAGAAGCAACAGACCAGCUUUCCUGAGACACAACUCUACACCAGUAACGUGCUCCGCAGCGCUCAAGACAAGCCUUCAUCUCCCCAUCCUCAAGAGCACGCCCAGCAGAGGCAAGGACUUGCGAUCGAUGCCGGCAGUACGAUGGUUAAUAAUUCACGCAGCGUUUCCGACGAAAUGCAAGGGCCAGCAGAGAGAAUCGCAUCGUCUGAACCGCCAGCACCAGCUGUCAACGUGCAGCAAGCAAACCAAGAACCCAAAGACAACGACCUCUACGAAUCUACACCGCGUCUGCCCUCCAAUCCUUCCCAGCCGCCGGCAGCACAGCCUAUAAUCGCCGCAAACACGGGCCACAGCAUCGUCAGCGACAGCUCUGCCGACGAAGCGCCCCGAAACGCCAGCCACGCCAACGGCAGCGCUGGUACUGCCGCCUCGACUACCCUGGCGAGGGGCAAGAGCACGAGAGCCGAGCUGGAGGAUACGGAAGAUGAGCGUCAGAGAACCAUGCGUCGCGAGGCCCAGGAGGAGAAGAUCCUGGUCGACCCUUACGAGGAGCUGUCAUCCGGAGGGGUGAAGUAUAGGAAGGAAGAGGAGCCGGUGGAUGUGCCUCAGAUGAGCGCGACGAGUUACCCCGGCCAGGAGUGGAACCCUUACGGAGCUGGGGGCUAUGAGGAUUGGGACUGA